GACAGAAUAGACACCCUAGAUCAAAUCAAAGAUGCCGAUUUCGAGUGCCCUGCCCUCUCUGAUAUUUUGAUAUUCUGUGACCAGAAUAAACUUUGUACUUUUGUAGAGUAUUCAUAUUCUAAUUCAGUUUAUUAAUGUAUUUUCUAAAUUAGUAAUUUGAGUUUCUUUGCUAGGUACUCCCUUUGAGUGUUGCUGGUUCUGGUACCUACAUCUUGUUGUUUUUCGGUGUAUGAACGAAAUUGAAUUUCUUGUAUAUCAAUAAUGGUCCUUAAAUUGUUUUAUGAUUUACAUUCACAACCUUCGCGAGCUCUGUUCAUGUUUCUGAAGUUAUCCAAAAUUCCCUUCCAAAGUUGUGCUGUAGAUUUAUUAAGAGGUGAGCAUUUAACUAAGGAAUUCAAGAAAAAUUAUUCAAAAUUUCAAAAAGUACCAUUCAUUCACGAAGAUGACUUUUUUCUAACUGAAAGUAUUGGUAUUUUGCGAUAUCUCUCUAGACAGUAUCCAAUAGCAGAUCACUGGUACCCAAAGGAUAGUAGAAAACAAGCAAAGGUAGAUGAGUUGCUUGAAUGGCAGCAUCUCAAUAUAAGACUAAACUGUUCAACGUAUUUUAUAACUAAAUUCACCAUACCUCUAAAAACAGGAAAAGACCCAGUACCUGAGAAGGUGGAGAAAGCAAAAAAGUACAUGGUGAAAUCCCUUUCCGACUUCGAGGAAUUGUUUCUAAGCGGCGAUGGCCCAUUUGUAUUUGGAGAUCAAAUUUCUUAUGCAGACCUUCAGGCAGCUUGCGAGAUAGAACAGCCACGAAUGGUAGGAUAUAACCCAAGAGAUUACUUUCCAAAGAUAAAAACAUGGUUGGAAAACGUACGGAAAGAAUGUAAUCCUGUUUAUGAUGAGGCGCAUAAUAUUGUUAACAUGAUUGCUGACGAUGAUGAUAAUUUGAAAGCGAAGCUGUAAAGGUGAUAAAUUAUUAUAAUCGUUACAGGUUUUUAAAGAGGUGACAGUUUUUAUCAAAUUAUAUUUAUAAGUAA